CAGUAAUGCAACUGGAAGGUUGUGGCGGAAUAUACGAGACGGUGGCCUGCUCCCAACCUCUAUACUGCCUCUUAAAAAUAAAUAUAUUUUUCAGUCUUCCAUGGCUCUUUCUGGAUUUAGUGACUUUGAUGAGCUGUCAUCUUGUGAGACACUUCUGUAUCACAACGGACUAUCAGCGAUCAGUUUUACCCAUGUUUUUGAUAGGAAGAAAACUGAUCUUUGCUCUCAGUCACUACAUACUUCAGACGUCCCAAGCAGGAAAACACGCUCAUCAGUUAUUAUGGACGAUGAUAAAGGUGUGACAUCAAAUUCUAGACUUGUCCUCCCACAUAGUAAGCCAAGUUUUCGUGUUAACCAUGAGGACCGACUGAUGUUGGCGGAUUCUUUUUUAUCACCUGAUGCACAUCCUGCGGCUGUUCGUAAACUCCGAGGUCGACGAAGACGUGGGAAGCAAAAUUUGUUGAAUUGUUCAUCCAUCUCACCAGUCCGGUUGGACCAGUCAGGAUUGCUUCAAACGUCAAGCUUUGAAAUAUUAUACAACCAAAAUAAAUACUACCAUACUAAUCAGAAGUAUAGUGAGUGUGAUCAUGUUGAUGGGGUGAUGGUGGGUAGACGGCGUGGGAGAAGAGGCACGGUCAGAGGGAAUGUGGGGAGUGGUGAAUCGUUUUCCCCACUGAGAUUGAGCGAGUCUGUGUUAGCAGAGCCCGUAGUUGAGAAAGGAUCAGUGAACGGAGAUGCGAGCAGUGUUUCAGGGUGUUCCGUUUUACCAGUGAGUGAAUCUAAAGCUGUGUGCGUGUUGACGGCGAUGGAUUUGAAAUUGACGGAGGGUGGUGAAGAAGAGAAAUCGAUGUCAAUGAAUGGGGAUUUGAAUUCACUAGUUUCUUCUCAAUCGAUCAGUUCUCCUGACAGAGUGAGUGAAUCUAAAGCUGUGUGCGUGUUGACGGCGAUGGAUUUGAAAUUGACGGAGGGUGGUGAAGAAGAGAAAUCGAUGUCAAUGAAUGGGGAUUUGAAUUCACUAGUUUCUUCUCAAUCGAUCAGUUCUCCUGAUAGAGUGAGUGAAUCUAAAGCUGUGUGCGUGUUGACGGCGAUGGAUUUGAAAUUGACGGAGGGUGGUGAAGAAGAGAAAUCGAUGUCAAUGAAUGGGGAUUUGAAUUCACUAGUUUCUUCUCAAUCGAUCAGUUCUCCUGAUAGAGGUAAUUGUGGAUUUUCUACAUUUUAUUUGUUGUUACAGCUUUUAGUAUUAGUGUUGGUUGUUGUUAGUGUGGAGCGUGAUUCAUGA